GGAGGGAACUCCCUCCAGGCUCGGAACCACAAGUGCGCAAACACUCAGUGUCACCGCUGCUGAAGGAGAGUCUUCAGAACCAACUGGGAUCAGAAGUGCUGAGCCGGGAUUGAAACACCCGAGACUCUGGAGAGUCGGAGCAGCAGAAGCGGAGGAAGAGCCCGGACGAAGAGGAGCCUCACCUGUUUGCUUCUGAAGAAUGGUUCAGCUCUGAAGACUCUCGCUCUCUGGUCCGUCUGCUGGAUUCUGCUGUGUCCGUACAGGAGUGGUGGAGACACUGACGACCAGCAGACCAGAAGAUGGCUACCAACGUCCACUAUCUGUCCCUGAGGAAGUCAAGGACCUCCACUGGACCUCCUCCCUCGCAGCUGUUGUCCAGGACUCUGGUCUUGCCCCUGCUCCUCUUGCUCUUCCUCUCCCUGUGGAGCCACCAGGCUGAGACACUGGUCCACUCCAGCUUCAGGCGCCUCAGUGGCCGUGAGAAGAAGGAGAUGCAGAAGGAGAUCCUGUCCAUCCUGGGUCUGCCAGGAAGGCCCAGACCCCACCCGCCGCUCAGACCGCCAUCCUCGGCGCCGCUCUUCAUGCUGGACCUGUACCACGCCAUGUCUGUGGAUGGGGAGGAGGACGGCAACGGGAUCUUUGCGAGCGCGCCUGGAGCGGCCAGGUUUCGGGGAGUGGAGCGACUGGCUCACGUCCACCACGCCGCGCUGCCCACGCUCAGCACCCACACUCCGCUGCUGGGCACGGUGGUCAGUGAGGCCGACACCGUCAUGAGCUUCGUGAACCUGGUGGAGCAGGAGCGAGACCUGCUGCAGCCGCGUCCCUACUGGAAGGAGUUUCGCUUCGACCUGACGCCUCUGCCGCAGGGAGAGACGGUGACGGCGGCCGAGUUCCGGAUCUACAAGACUCUGACGUUUGGACAGAGGGCCAACAGGACCCUGCACAUCUCCGUCUACGAGAUCAAGAGAGACAACAGGCUCAGAGAACCAGAGCUGGUCCUGCUGGACAUGCAGUCGGUCCCCGCAGGACAGGAGGGCUGGCUGGCCUUCGAUGUCACCUCAGCAUCCAACCACUGGCUCCUUCACCCCCGCAGCAACUUGGGGAUUCGUCUUUAUGUGGAAACGGAGGAAGACCGAUCCCUGUCUGCCGGCUGGAUCGGGUUGGUGGGUCGCCGGGGUCCUCGCUCCAAACAGCCGUUCAUGGUCACCUUCUUCAGGGAGAGUCAGAUCCCCUGUCGGCCGCCGCGCGCCGUCAAGACUCACCCGCGGAGGAGGAAGCCCAAAUAUGACCUGCCCGUGCCCAGCAUUCACAAUCGCAGCCCGGCGAACAGCGGCGGUCAGCCGUGCAGGAAGCACGAGCUCUACGUCAGCUUCAGCGACCUUGGAUGGAAGGACUGGGUCCUGGCUCCCGCGGGAUACUCGGCCUACUACUGCGACGGCGAGUGUUUCUACCCGCUGGGCUCCUGCAUGAACGCCACCAACCACGCCCUCAUCCAGCAAGUGGUCCACCUGUUGAAGCCGGACGAGGUGCCCAAGGCCUGCUGCGCUCCCACCAAGCUCAGCCCAAUCUCUGUGCUGUUCUACGACGACAACAACAACGUCAUCCUCAAAAAGCAUCGCAACAUGGUGGUCAAGAACUGCGGCUGUUUAUGAAGCAGAACCAGCUCAGAGACUCGACGGUCCAGCUGCACGCAGGUACACACCACAACAGCGAUGCCAACACGCCAUACAAACAUUUCCAUUCCUUACAGACAGAGGACCUUCACCUGUACUCACCUGUGCCAGAACACAAACGCCCGUGACUCCUCACGUAUUUAUUUGUAAUAAAGAUUUGUUUCCUGUCAGCAAACAAACCACUCUCUGCACUCAAGUCUGUAGUUCCAGAAUGUCGCCCCCUACUGGUCACAUUUCAUGGUGCGGUUUACAGUGCUGUAUGGACGCGUGUGCGCGCCCUCUAACGGAAAAGGGAGGCGGCUGCACAGGCAGGCAGUCGUCAGCGUGGAAGCCCUUGAAUAAUAACAAUAAUGUAAAUACUGUCAAUCUUCUGACAGCACCGUGCUAGAAAUGGUCGACUCUCACGGAGCUUCUUGACAGAAGUCUGGAGCGUUUCACUUCAGAAGCAAUGCUCUGGGGUCAAAGGUGACGCUGUAAAUAAACUACAGGUUUGUUCCGAUGAAGGUUCUUGAUUUAUUUUGGAAAAUAAGAAAUAAAUCUGCAUCUCUCCAUGAGUUCAAGACUUGUGCUUCUGAAUUCUGUCAGCAGUUUAGUCUCGGCCCUCACUGGUCUCUGUUGGCUGUACUUGGUCCUGACGGCAGCACGAGUCCAGUGUUGGAAAAUGAAGCAAACACACAUGAUCAGUGCUUUUCAGUGUCCCUGGAACUAAGCCAGAUGUAAAACAGACCAGAGGGCAUCAGGUCAAAGCUUCCUGACAGGCAGCUGAUGAAGUUUAAUAGUAAAAAAAUCCUGUCAACACUGAGUGUUGUGUCGCUUCACCUCCCUGCGGUGUGUUGUUGGUCUGAAGCUUCACAGCACCAACCUGCAUUUCAUCUACAGGAACUUAAGGAGGUCUAACUCUUAGGGCCCUGUGUCUGUCGCAGCUGCUGAGACUUUCUUUUGAAAGCUGACAAGAAAAUCAUCAUUCCUUCAUUCACUUUCUGUUUCACCAUGAAGUUAACUCCUUUUUUCAUUCAGCUGAUUUUGAAAACUAAAGCAUAUCAGGGAAUAUUUUAUUUUCCACGGACUGAUGCGACCUGGAAGUGAACCUGCAUGAAAGUCCAAGGCUCAACUUGGAAUCUUAGUUGGAUCGGUUCUUGUGUCUGAAGAGGUUCGUGAAACCUGAUGAAGAAAUUCACACAUACACUGACCGACACCCAGAGUCAUUCAGCUGACUUCCUCAAAUAAAUCAGUAACACUUCAAACAUCAUCUAAAAGGCAUGAUACGUAGCGUGAUAAGACAUAACGCAUUUAUGAGGCUUUAUAGAAUUUUCAUAACCGUUUGUUAAUUUUGGACUUAAGGUUUCAUACACAUAAAAAUUGUGGACUUCACCUCGAUAUAAAGACACAAAACCCUCUCAUCCUUAUAAUACCUUUGGAAAACUGUAACAAGUUGUCAAGUGUGUUUGUGAGCAUUCAUCACAUCCUCUUCUAUACUCACCGCAUGUCUCAUGAAAGCACUAAGAAGGCAUUACUGAUGAGACCUUCAUAAUGUCUAUUUUCAUGAGAAAUGAAUGAGUGAAUGACACAUGAUGCAUCAACGAUUAAAAAGAUGCCAAGUCCCACUCACCUCAUGAGCAGUCUCUCCAGAGAGCGUCUCAUGAAUUACAUUCUGCUGUAAACUGCCUCACAAUUGUUGUCUACCAUAAAGAGCCUACUGCAGCAAUACAACAAUGGUGGAAAUGUCGUCCAUCAUCCAGAGUUACAGCUUGUUUUUCUGCUACUCAGAUAAAAUCCCCCAAUAUUGUAUAAGGGAAUGCCAUUCCUAUCAUUUCAUAGGGUUUAAUGUCUCGAAAAAAACACACAAAAACCAAGUUAUUUGUGUCUGUGUUGGGUCUAGUUCCUUGUUCAGUGGUUCAAAAUAAACCCAACAGCUGCGACGUACACAGGUCACCUCAGAGCUCUGGUGUCUGACUGCACCUCGGCGUGUGGAGACCUCAGACCACAGUCCUCUCACCCUCCAGAGUCUUCGGCCGCUGAGGACAGUGCACACUACAGCUCACGCAGCUCAGCUUCUCGAUCUUUUAAAGGAGUUACACUCUCUUCUAAGAGAAAACACACAACACAUGGUCAGCAUUGACAUGUUCAGGGUCACACGCACGCACGCCUCAGGAAUGACAACAGUAUGAAGAAGCAUCCGGAGGCUUGAGGUUAAAUACAAUGUUUAAUUUAUUGAAAAGGGUAAAAAAAAUACAGUGAGGAGUCGGUUUUGGUCGGAUUGUUAAAAAAGGUCAGGGAAUCAUUUUGGCAGUUACUGUUCUCCAAGUCUCUCGACAGACACACGACACCCGGUGGGUCGCCCCGCACCGUCGGACCCGCCUGCUUUCUGACAGAGACACGUGAGGAAAUGAACACAAGUGGUGGUGGUCCAGCGUGAGGUUCUGUGUUGAGGAGGUCUGGAGUUAGACGCCUCGGGUUCAUGACUGUCGACAAUAGCAAAGAGGAUUCACGGUUCUCCACGUCUGAGUUGAAAUGAUCGAGUCAGAACACUGUGUGAGAUCCAUACGCAGGUUCUGGUUCCGGAGAGACUCAGACACGGGAACAAACGGACUGCUGGUGAACUUCUGUAGCUCUACACUCGUCGAACCCCCCUCGCCCCCAUGUCGGCCCCGUCCCCUCCUCCCUGAUGGUCCAGUGGUGGUCAUCCAGCAGCCAUGAGUCAACGUAAUGUUCGCGGUGGGUGUGUAUCUGUGAGAGAAGGCAUAUGCUGAACAGAGCCACGGAGCAGUUCCUGCGACCAAGGGAGGCAGAAGCUAACGCUAAGAGGGAAGCUAAAGAACACGUGGAAGAGUAGAUGUCAGAAGACCAGCAGCUGCUCACCUGGGUGGAGAUCCAUCCGUGGCUUCUUACGCCUGGACAUCAGCCAGUUCAGGGGGCAUCGGAGACUUGGGGUGCUUGCUCUCGAAAUGCUGUUUGAAGGUCUUUGGGUCGGGCAUUUGUGUCUGCAGGAACAGGUCAACAGGUCAGCUGGGAGAACUUGGUCACCACCGUGGUGUGAACUCACCCUGCAGACAGGGCAGGUGUGGACCAGAGCAGCCUUCGCUGCAGUCUUCUGGUCAGCUCCCUGGCCCUUCUUCUUCUCGGCCGCCUUCUUGGCGUUCUUCUGCUGCGACUGGAUCUUCUGCUGCCCACGAGCCAUGGCCCUCACCUUCCUCCUGAAACCAGCAAAUGAACCAUCAGGUCAAGGGUCACAUUCCACUGAGAGUAGUAGUAGAAGAUGGUCAGAUCAUUGUGGUGUCACAGCAACUGUAUAGUCACAGGCCGAGCACCGACGUCUGUUGUGGGACCUGUGACACCGCUCACUUUUGUUUAAUAACACAACGCAUCCACAGUAUUUUGCUUGAAACAAACCCAGGCAACUGCCUCAGUCAGAGGCAUCGUUUCAAUUCACAUCGAGAACCUUAUGAAGCCAAGUCACUGGGUACAGCAAUGACUCGUCUGCUCAUGGACUCGGCAGAUUCAACGCUCCUCUUUCACGUGUUCACUUGAAUGAGUUUUGUCAAGUCAGAUUUGCACGUCCUGUAUUCACACUCAGCUCUGACAUUGUUUGAU